AUGGUAACUGCAACAAUGAAACAUGUUCUUUUAUCGUUGUGUCUGCUGGGAUCUGUUCUACAUGCCUUGGCUCAAUGCAUUGUUCCGGCCUCAGAGUUUCACCUGGAAGGAGAUUAUUUGAUUGGUGGAAUUUUUAAUAUUCAUCAAGUCAAUGGUACUCCUAUUCACAACAGACCAGAAGCCAUCGACUGCUCUAGUCAUGAUUUUGUUCUGUCAAACUAUCGGAGGUUUCAGCUGAUGAGAUUCGCUGUAGACCAAAUCAAUAACUCCACCAACCUACUGCCAAAAGUAUCUCUCGGCUACGAGGUAUUUGACCACUGCUCAGAUACUCAGAGUUUCCAAGGAAUUUUAAAUUUCAUCUCAGUCAAUAAUGAGAUCCAACCUUGGGGUGAACCACAUAAGAAACGAUCCACAGUGAUAGGAGCGAUCGGAGCUUUUCAAAGCACUCAGACUCGGACUGUGGCUCCACUCUUCAUGAUGGAUCUCAUUCCUUUGGUUAGUUAUGGAGCUGCUAGUUCUAUCUUUUCAAGAAAACAGAAUUUUCCAUCUUUCUUACGGACAGUGCGUCCCAAUCAGGACGUCAUAGAUGUGGUUGUUCACAUUGUGAAACACUUCAAAUGGCGCUGGGUUGCUUUCCUGUACAUUGAUGAUGACUAUGGCAAAGAUGUCGUAGACAUGUUUAUAAAGAAGAUUAAGGACACUGAGAUCUGCCUGCCGUACACCAAAGGCCUCGAUGACAACACAGAUUAUUCCAAAAUAUUUAGACAGAUAGAGGCAAUGAAGAUAAAUGUCAUUAUUGUUUUUGCUGUUGAAUGGAUCGCUGAGGAUCUCAUUAAUGCAGCAAUUAGAUCAAAUGUCACUGACAAGGUGUGGAUAGCAGGGGAUGCAUGGUCCUUAAAUGAGAGGCUUCCCAAGAAAAAAGGAAUCAAAAGUAUUGGAACUGUAAUCGGGGUUUCUGAACAAAUAAUUCCAGUGCCGGGUUUCAGUGAUUUUAUCUACUCAUUAAAAACCCAGACUCGUUGCAAAAAUACAGAGCAAAAGAUGGUUUGUGGUCAGAUUUGCAACUGCAGUGCUGAGGAGAUCCUUGCUGCAGAGCAGUCUUUCUCUUUUACUGUCUAUUCUGCUGUGUAUUCCAUCGCCCAUGCUUUACACAAGGCAUUGCAAUGUGGAGCUGACGGGUGUAAUGGCAACAUUACAGUCAACCCUACCAUGGUUCUAGCAGAGCUGAAGAAGUCUAAUUUCCCACUUUUAAACCAAAGCAUUCGGUUUAAUGAGGACGGUGACCCCAUGUUUGGAUCCUACAAUGUAGUUUUUUGGAAUGACAGUGGUGAUGUGCAGAAGAUCGGCUUCUAUAAUUUUCCUCCGUCAUUCACUUUCUUCAUCAACAGCACUAAAAUUCAGUGGCACACAAAUGGAACAGUACCUAUUUCAGUAUGUUCCCCAGAAUGUCCUGCAGGAUACGUGAGAAAACAAGAAGGAAGUCACAAAUGCUGCUUCAGUUGUAUCAUCUGUCCAAAUGGAACUUAUAUCAACAGCACAGAGGAUCCCUACAGCUGCAUCAGCUGCAAGGACACAGAAUGGUCUGCAGAGGGAAGUACAUCCUGCAACCAGCGGCUGGUGGAGUUCAUCCCAUUUACAGACAGCGGGGCCAUACUGAUCAUGUUGGGGGCCGGGGCCUUGGUGGGCCUCACUCUAGCUGUGUCUGUCCUCUUUGCUGUUAACUACAACACGCCUGUUGUCAGAUCUGCUGGGGGACCCAUGUGCUUCCUGAUUUUAGGCUGCCUCAGUCUGUGCAGCAUCAGUGUUUUCUUUUACUUUGGCCAGCCAUCAGUUUCUUCUUGUGUCUUGAGGUUUCUGCCAUUUUUCUUGUUCUACACUGUUUGUCUGGCAUGUUUUGUCGUGCGCUCCUUUCAGAUUGUUUGCAUUUUCAAAAUCGCCGCCAAGAUCCCCAAACUCCACAGCUGGUGGAUAAAGUAUCACAUCCAGUGGCUGGUCAUCACUGCAGCGUUUGUCACUCAGGCUCUUGUAUUCGUUAUUGGCUAUUCUUCUGGCCCUCCAAAGCCUUACAAUGAGACAGUGUGGUACCCACGAGAAAUCAUACUCAGCUGUGACAAUAGUCUUUUAAAAAAUUAUGGUCCUUUAAUUGUACUGUCAUCAUUAUGCUCCCUUUGCUUUAUUUUCUCCUACAUGGGAAAAGACCUGCCAAAAAACUACAAUGAGGCCAAAUCAAUCACCUUCUGCCUCCUGCUGCUGAUCCUCACAUGGAUCAUCUUUGCCACUGUUUACGUGCUUUAUCGUGGUAAAUACAUCCACACUAUUAACGCCCUGGCUGUACUCUCUAGUCUCUACUUCUUUCUGUUGUGGUAUUUUUUGCCCAAAUGUUACAUCAUUAUAUUUCAACCUCACAAAAAUACGCAGCAGUACUUCCAAGGUCUCAUUCAGAGUUACACCAAAACUAUUAGCCAGUAGCUGCAUCCAUGAAACACGAGUUUUUGUCGACAGACGGCUGACGGGAUUUAGCUUUAUAGAGCAGAUAGUUUAAAUUAAAGUACAUAGUGCUAUGAAACUUUUUUAGUUUUAUUUUGUUGUAACCUAAUUGUGUGAGAUAUUAUUAAAUGGUUAUUAAUUUGUUUUACUGAGGAAUGUAUUAAGAAGCAAAAUCUUGAAACUUUACUUUCAUGUACUUCUUUUGUAUCUCAUAUAGCAUACCAUCAUAUGUAAUCUUUUUAAUCAAACAUUACAUACGGUCAGCUAACGAUAAUAAUGGAAAUAUGUUUUUGCAUGUAUUGUUUUAUAAAAUAACUUGACAUGUUUCAGUCUCUUACAAUAUAUAUUUGACAUUAUUCCUCUGAAAAUACAUUUGGAAUAUUGUACAACAAAUGUAGAAAGAUGUGUACGAAUUUGUAAAGUUCAUUAUAUUAAAACAGUAAAGAUACAGGCCAAUGCCAAUGUUGAUUUGAUGGGUAUUGUAUGGAUAUUGCUGAUGACAUUCAGACUUACAUGCAGUUAAAUUCAAUGUGAAAAUAUGCUUAAAACAUACACUCUGACAUGAAAUAUGAUUAUUUAAAAGCUUCAGGACAUUUGGUCAUGAUAAACACAAGCUUAAUUAUUUUAACUGUAGCAUUACUGUAGUAUGAAUUUGUGUAUAUAGCAGUUUUGAAAUUGCAAAUGUAUUCAAUAAAACCGGAAAUGGU